AUGACGGCUUCUACCCCAAUAUGUGUUGAGGCUUUACAUUCCAAACUUCAAGGACACCCUGAUCAGCAAUUUGUUAAUAAGUUAAUUCAUGGUCUAACUCACGGCUUUGACACUGGUCUACAACACCUUCCUAUUAACUCCAUAGUGUGUAAAAACUUGAGGUCAGCUAUCAGUGACCCAGGAAGUGUUUCAGAGUUGUUGGAGAAAGAACUAAAUAAAGGAUACUUAAUAGGUCCUUUUGACAAUAUUCCCUAUUCCAGGUACCGCAUCAACCCGUUAUGCUUAGCUGAACAUAAAUACUCGAAGAAAAAGCGUUUAAUUGUUGAUUUAUCUACUCCUCAUCGAGACACAAACAAUCCUAGCCUAAAUAGUCUAAUUGAUAAAUUAACUUGCUCGCUGAAGUAUGUUACAGUAGAUGAUGCUAUAUAUAUUAUUAAGCACUGUGGCCUCGAUGCAUGGCUAAUGAAGACCGAUAUCACUGAUGCCUUCAAGCUGAUACCAAUUGAUCCCUUUUUGUGGCCUUACCACGGCGUCAAGUGGAACAACAAAUAUUAUUUCUUUACGUGCCUCGUAUUUGGAUGUCGUUCAAGCCCAAAAAUUUUCGACAGCCUUUCUCGGGCAGUUUGUUGGAUAGCUAAGAACAAGUACAAUAUUCGUAACAUUCUUCACUUGCUAGAUGAUUUCAUAGUUAUUGAACCAGCUUAUGUCAAUGCAUCUCUUACUAUGGAACGUUUUAUGUCUAUGUUCAAGGAAUUAGGCAUCCCGGUAGGUGCGCAUAAAACUGUAGGCCCUUGUACAUCACUCGAAUACCUUGGUGUGUCCCUAGACUCUCAUCUGAGGGAAUGUCGUCUUCCACGUGAAAAAGUGGAAAGAAUUAUUGAGUUUUUGGAUUCUUUCAAGAGAAAAAAGUCUUGUACCAAAUGCGAGAUGCUCAGCUUGCUAGGUCACAUGAACUUUGCCUGUCGGUGUAUUAGACCGGGGCGUUCUUUUGUCUCUCAUCUCAUAUCGCUUUCUACUACAGUGCGUGAGCUAUAUCAUCAUGUGAAAAUCAGCAAUGAGUGUCGAUCAGACCUUUACAUGUGGUCGUUCUUUUUGAAGAAUUGGAAUGGCAGAUCCUUUUUUCUGGAUGAUCAUAUCACAUCAGCAGCUGACCUCCAUCUUUUUACCGAUGCUACAUCUGAAUCUUUUGGGGGAAUCUACCUUAACCAGUGGUUUCAAGGUUUUUUUCCUAGUGAACUUAAAGCCAUGGACACAUCUAUGGCCCUCUUUGAGCUAUACCCUAUUGUUAUGGCUUGUGUGUUGUGGGGUCACCAGUGGCAUAAUAAACAUAUUCUUUUUCAUUGUGACAAUGUAGCUACGGUAGACAUAAUCUCCAAAGUGAGAUCCAAAGUGUCCAGCAUUAUGUGUCUUAUGCGAAAACUUACCUACUAUUCUGCCAUGCAUAACUUUGUGAUUCAUGCAGUCCAUAUACCUGGUAAACAAAACAACAUUGCAGACGCCAUCUCUCGUUUUCAGAUGUGCAAAUUCAGGCAGCUGGCACCUCAAGCAGAUGUACUACCAGUUCCAUGUCUGCCUAUGGCCUCAUUGAUGAUGAGCUGA